GAUUAGGGUUCUUGAAAAACUAAUCAAUCGCGAGCCAUACCGAUCCCCUCUUCGUCACCACGUCGUUCUCUUUCAGUCCGGCCAGUCUUCACCGCCGGUGGAGUUUCAGGGUUAAAUAUCACUGAACCGCGUCCGCAUUAUUGGGCAGAACCUUCUCGCCUCAGUAUUUAUGACCCUUAGCAGAUCGCUUAAUCAAGCUGCCGACUUUAUCUUUUCAUCGCCAUGUAAUCGACGAGUGUGGAAUGCCACUCGAUCGUAUGCUCUACCACAAACAAGGUUGUAAUGUACUCUUCCAUGUUGGUAUAGCUUCUCAUCUUGAUGCCUGGAGAUGGAUAGAAAAGAUAAAACAGUGGUAGAGGCUCUUCAUCAGUCAAGGAAAAAGAGUUCAGGUUCUGUAGAUCAUUGUUCUUCUUCGGAUAGUGAUUCCAGCGAUGGGAGUGCUUCUGAAAGUCAUGUUAGGCAGAGCAAGCCAACACCAAGAUUAGGGAUUGAACACUUUCAACAGAUCCUAAAGGGUUUGAAAACGUAUCUUUCAAAGAUCGCAAGAGAAAAGCGACGGAUGCAUCUAGCUAUGAGAAGGAGGCGGCAGUCCAGCCAUUUCCUUAUGCUUCACUACCUGGUAGCGACCCGAAGGUUAAGCGCAAAGUCCAAUCGGAUACAACGAAAGAUUAAGGUUUUGACAAAUCGGAGGAUAUCUGAAGGUUUGAGUCAUUUUCUCAUGUGUAAUGUAAUGUCUGUCAGUUUCUCAUUAUUCAGGUCUGAUAAACAAUAUAAGGGACUAAGGGUGACCCCGGUUUUCGGACUGCUAUAGUGAAAGCUUCACAAUUUCUAUGCCUUUGCUUAAAGAGAUGCUUCGGUUUGGUGCCCUUUCUAAUGCGCUUUUCUUUUUAUGCCAUACUUCAAUCGUUAUUAGCGUUUGAGCUACUCCAAGUUUACUGUUUGAUAAUGAAGAUGGUCUAUGAGAAGAAUGAAAAUUUGAUCAGUGUCCCCAUUGGCUGCUAUGAUAUCCCACCCAUGAAGCAAGAGCAUUACUCAUCGAAUUUGGAACACUAGCUACUGUUCUUUCUUAUAUUAUUGCUGAAAUUUGGAACAGAUCAGGCCAAUACCACGAAUCAAUAAAGUUUCUUUCUCAGCUUGAAGAGUCAGAUUAUGUAUCUUGGAAUAUUGGCAUUGCUCCCUGUCCUUGUGAUGGUCAUUACAGAGAAGAGAAGGUGGUCUCGUGAGAGAGAAAAAUGGAGUUGUUCAAGAAUAUGAAUGCUCGUGCACUCAUCUGCCACCGGCUGGGCUCAUUUGCUUGCUUUCAGUAAAUGACUUGAUCGGCUAAAGUUGGGAUUCUUGGACAUUUGUCUCAGUAGCAACUUGCUAAAACAUGUUGAUACCCUCCUGAAGGGAAAAUCGCAGGAGGUUUUGAACUUUACGCUCCUCCAACCAGCCACGACUUUAACAGGAGAAACUGAAGCCACUGCAAUGGUUAAAAAAAAAAGCCCUUCAUGCUUAGUCUUUAUAGUGCUUCUGAUAUCAAUCGACGAUUCAGCUUUAGUGGUCUCUGAACUGGCACAGUCACUGGCGUUAUAGAAUUGCCAUUCAAAGUUCUGUUGCUGUAUUCCAGUAGAAUAGAUGCAGGCUUGCUGGAGGUGGGGUAAAAAAGGAAGGUAUUUUAGAAUACCUCAAUUCUGCUCUCUCAUAUACCAUCACCACCACCACCACCACCGAAUCCGAUGCCGUUUAUGUUGGCUCUGGGAUUCGAACCUCUGCUGCUGCGGAGAUGCAUGGAGUUGCACUCCGCACCAUCGGUUCCCACUUCCCAGGCCGACUUGGCGACCUUUUAGUGAGCACACUUGAAUAAUAUAAGUUCCAUUCUCUUACAAAUUUCCUUUUGAAAUGUUUCCUUAGGAACCAAAAUUUGAAUAAACUGAGUAGUGUAAAUUCUGAGUAACAGAGUUGCAACUUGCAAGAUUUUUGCUCAUUUGUAGAAGCCUGUACUUUUUUUGAAAUUAGCAUUCAUAUAUAUAAUCGUAUC